AUGAGUUAUGAAGAAGUCUACAGAGCAACCAACGGUUUCAGCCAGGACAAUGUCGUAGGGACGGGCGACACAGGGACGACAUACAAGGCAGCCCUCCCAGAUGGAUUGUUACUUGCUGUCAAGAGCAUGGACACUGAGAGAGUCUUGGUCUACAAAUUUAUGUCAAAUGGGAACCUUUUCGAUCUGCUGCAUCGUAUGCAGGUCAAGGACAGGGUCUUGGACUGGCCUUUGAGGGUAAAAAUAGCAGUUGGCCUAGCCAGAGGCUUGGCAUGGCUCCAUUGCAACAGAAAUUUCCAAGUAUGCCACCACAACAUAAGCUCAAAGUGUAUCUUACUUGAUCAGAACUUUGAUCCCAAGAUAUCAAACUUUGGAGGGGCGAGGCUUAUGAACUCAAAUCACAAGGGCUCAAAUGGGAGUUCCUUUCUGAAUGGUGAGGCUCCAGAGCACAAGGAUGUAUACGGUUUCGGUAUUGUGCUUCUUGAGCUGGUUACAGGGGAGGAACCAAGCAAAGUGACUAGUCAACUAGGAGUUUGCUCUUUUGGUUUCUAUGAGGCUAUAGGUAAAUCUCUGAUUGGGCAGGGAUACGAUGGUGAGAUUUUUCAGUUCCUUAGAGUUGCAGGUAGUUGCAUUCGGCCUAUCCAAGAUGGAAGACCAACAAUGCUUGAUGUAUACAAAACAUUAAGGGCUGCAGGGGAGAGACACAGCCAGCUCACAGAUGAUUCUGAUUUUGAUUCUGAUGCAUCAACACAAACGGUAAUUUCUGCUACAAAUACUAGUUAUAGAAACAAACAAAUGGGAGCUGAAAUAACAGAGGAGAUUGAAUGA